AGAAUCAGGGCCGCCCCAACGAGGUUACCGAGCUGCUUCGUCCAUCCCGCAUGGCUUUCCCAUACCACGAUCAUCAUCUCCUGCUUGGGAUUGGAUGGUUUUUUUGCAGCCACCCAACUUCCACCGCCCCUGCAACCCAUACGAGUAUCUUGUUGGCAUUAUUCUCCCAGACAAAGGCCCUCGAGUCUCCCCCCUCCGAAACCUAGCCUCUCAUUCUUAUCCGUUCUACCACAAGACGGUCGCUCCUUGAACUCUAGUCCCUACAACACCUCACCGGCGGUCAAAGUGCGCACGCGAGUUCUUUCUCGGAGCCUGCGAGAGAAAAAAAAGAUUCCCAAGGCUCAUAUCAUGACCUCUACCUCGAAUACACCUUUUGCUACACCUGCGACCUCUAAUCCCAACACCAGACCGGGUACGCCCAGUUCGUCUACCCCUCCCACGGGAGGCACUGUUCCUGCCGAUAACGAUCUGCGAGAUGAUAGCUCAAAGCUGAGGACAUUCCUGGGCCUGUUGAAGAAGUUUAUCGGCGUCUCAGAUAUCGCAAAUGUUCGCUUUUCACUGCCUUCACAGUUAAUAGAACCGAUACCAAACCUAGAGUACUGGCACUACCUGGAUAGGCCUGAGACUUUCGUCAGUAUAGGAAGAUCAGAUGAGCCUCUCGGUCGCAUGUUGGAAGUCCUACGCUUUUGGUUCACCAAAGAUCUGAAAUAUGUGAAAGGCAAGCCCUGCAAACCCUAUAAUUCGACGCUGGGAGAGUUCUUCAGGUGCCACUGGGAAGUCCAUGCAGACGCCCCGCCUAUAUCAAACCCUGCCAAAGCGCCGCCUCAGCCGUCCGUCGACCCUACAGAGCCUCAAGCCAACGGCUACACCGGCGAGGAGCCAGUCCGAAUAUCGUUUCUCACUGAACAGACCUCACACCAUCCUCCCGUCUCAGCAUAUUGGUAUGAAUGCCCUUCUCGUGGCAUCGUUGCCCGAGGUUACGACCAAAUCUCUGCCAAGUUCACAGGCACAUCUGUUCGCGUGAUCCCAGGUGUCUACAACCGGGGCAUCUUUAUCACCCUCACACAGCGGGAAAACGAAGAAUACCAGCUCGCCCACCCGGCCGCCUCACUAGGGGGUCUGCUUCGGGGCUCGCUGUACAUCUCUGUCGCGGACACAUGCUCAAUAACAUGUCCGCAGACGAGGCUAAAAUGCCUCCUUACAUACGUGGAAGAGUCUUGGUUUGGCAAGGCGCAGAACCGGGUCCAUGGUCUCAUUUUCCGCUAUGACCCGUCUGACGACAAAUAUUCCCGCGUCAAGGACGUUCCCGAGAAGGAUAUCCUGGUUAAGCUUGAAGGAUGCUGGCAAGAACAAAUCGUAUACACGAUCCCGAACAGCGCAGCGGUCAAGGAGACCGCAAACAUCGAACCAACUUCCGACAAGCAACUCCUCAUUGACUUACAACCUUUGUUUCCGGUGCCCAAGGCGUGUCCCCCACCCCACGAGCAACUGCCGCAUGAGUCUCGCACGUUCUGGGCGGAGGUUACCACCGCGAUCAACGAGAAGCGCUACUCGGAUGCAACAAGGAUGAAACAAGACUUGGAGCAAGCCCAGAGAGACAAAGCCGCAAAGAGGAAAGACUUGAAUGUCGAGUUUCAGCCGAGGUUUUUCACGUCGCCCACCGAGCCGAACGGGAAGCCCGAGUUGACCACGUACGGGAAGGAGACAUUGGCCGGGCUGGAGAAGAAAGAAUACGUCAUCGAUUUUGUACCGGAGCCAGGGAUUGAUGCUGACAUGUAGAGCAUGAAAGCGAGGAGUUGCGAUGAUGUCCUCGGAACUGGUCUGGUGAGAAAGAAGAGAUGGAAGAGAAGGAGUAUAUCGUCAACGAUUGGGUCGACAGACACAUAUGAGAGUGUACAUACAGGAUAGGGGGCCACAGUUGGAUCAUAAACAUGCUCCAUAACUAUGCUCCUAAGGACGGCUGACGCAUAAAUAUCGGGCGAGGUUUAGACGGGGGCCCGUACAGUGCCUAUGGCCAGGCGAGACUGGUCCUCAGGUUCGAGGGCACAUGCGAUACGUAAUGAGUUUUUGGGUAAAGACAUGAUUUGGCAUUGGAAAUCUGCGGAGGGCAUUUUUAAUGAAUGAUAGAUCAUCUGCUAGUAAAAAGGAUAUAGGAGCAUUGACACCAUUUAUGGCGCAG